UUGCCUAAAAAUCUGUCAAAUUUUUGUAAACAAACCAACUUCCGGUUUUUAAAGGCGAAAAUGUUAUCACGGUGAUAGUGGCCAAUUCUUUGCUUUAUAAGAAAUAUAAUCAACUCUUAAGAUGGCAGAGGAUAUAGAGGAUGUAUCAUUCCUACCAGGUGACUCCUUGAACAGGAAGUCCUUGUAUGAGCCCUCUAUCCCCCAGCGAUGUCGACAACUGGUCUGUAGCCAGCGGAAGGCCACGAUCUUUGUUGUAGUGAUGGGAGUUUUCAUACUCGUAAUCGCACUUAUUGCUGCGUUUGCCAGAUCUGGAUCUAGGACCUGUGCGGAUCAAUCCGCGGAAUCAAAGCCAUCCAAAUCUACUCCGGUGGAAGAUUAUAUUGCCACCAAUGGGGAGAAAUUCCCAUGGAGAGAUGUACGACUUCCGACAUCAGUUUCUCCAUUGGAAUAUGAUAUCCACCUUCAUCCUAAUCUCACAGAAAGAAAGUUUUCAGGAAAAGUGACAAUUAAGUGUAAAGUUGUAAAAUCAACAGACUUCAUUGUAUUGCAUUCCAAAGAUUUAACCAUUUCCAAGAUUUUGCUGACAGUUGAAAGUGUAGAGAAGAAAAUAACAAAGAAAUUGGAGUAUAUUAAAAAUGAACAAAUGUAUUUAAAAUUAGAGUCUAGCAUUCCUGUUGGGAAAAAUAUUUUAAUAACAUUGGAUUUUGAAGCAAAGUUGGUAAAGAAGUUGUCUGGAUUUUAUCUGAGUUCAUAUGAAGACAGCAAAAAAGUUACAAGGUAUCUUGCGGUCACACAGUUUGAAGCCACUGCAGCCCGGGAAGCAUUUCCAUGCUUUGACGAGCCGGCCAUGAAAGCAAAGUUUUCUAUGUCCAUUGUGAGAGAUAAAGACUACAUUUCACUUUUUAACAUGCCCCGGGUAUCUUCUAAACCUUACAAAGAGAACCUGGUGUUGGACCAGUUCCAGCAGAGUGUUCAGAUGAGCACAUACUUGGUGGCAUUCAUUGUGUGUGACUUUGCCUCCAUUACAAAUAAAACCAAGGCUGGUACUGAUGUGACAGUGUAUGCUCCUAGAGACCAGAUAGAUGAGGCACACUUUGCUUUACAUGUGGCUGUUACUGUAUUAGAGUGCUACAAUAAACUGUUUGACAUUCCAUAUCCUUUGCCAAAACAAGAUUUAGUAGCCAUACCUGAUUUCUCAUCUGGAGCUAUGGAGAACUGGGGACUGAUAACGUACAGAAUGACAGCAGUGCUGUAUGAUCCUAAACACUCCUCAACUCGCGACAAGGAGUGGGUCGCCAUAGUUGUGGCUCAUGAACUCGCUCAUCAGUGGUUUGGAAACUUGGUGACAAUGGAGUGGUGGGAUGACUUGUGGCUCAACGAAGGGUUUGCGACAUUUGUAGAAUACCUGGGGACAGAAUCACUGAAAGAAUCCUGGGCAAUGGAGAACCAGUUUUUUGAGCUGACCUUGAUUCCAGCCCUGAAGCGGGAUAGUUUGAAGAGCUCCCACCCUAUAGCCACACCUGUCCAUAACCCAGACCAGAUUAAUGACUUGUUUGACUCCAUUUCCUAUUUCAAGGGAGCCUCUGUUAUUAGAAUGUUGAGAAGUUUUCUUGGGAAUGCUGAUUUCAACAGUGGCAUUAGUAAUUACCUGAAGAAAUACAAAUACAGUAAUGCAGUAACUAAUGACUUGUGGCAGGCCCUAUCAGAGGCUUCAAAGCAGAAAAUCGAUGUUACUUCAGUGAUGAACACAUGGACUAAACAGAUGGGGUACCCUGUCGUUACGGUGACUCGACAGGAGUCAAAGGUCAGCCUCACUCAGAGUCGCUAUCUCAGCUUCCAUAACUCAACCAUCAAAGAAGAAUUUCAGUCUCCAUUCAGUUACAAAUGGCAUGUGCCUUUUAUAUACGGUGUGAUGGAUCAUAAUGGAAAAUUUACCCAGAACAAAAUAUGGCUACACAUGACAUCAGCUUCUGUAGAUUUGGAUAGCAAUAUAAAGUUGAUAAAGGGUAACUAUGGUAACAGUGGAUAUUACCGAGUGAACUAUGACACAGGUACCUGGCAGACAUUAAUACAACAACUAAACAACAAUCACAAGGUAUUUUCUCAAGGGGACAGGGCAGGGUUGAUUAGCGAUGCAUUUGAAUUUGCAAGAUCAGGACUUCUGAAUGUCACAAUUCCUCUGCAAAUGACAAAAUACCUAGAGAAUGAGGAGGACUACCUCCCCUGGAGUUCAGCUAUUUCUGGUCUGACCUACAUAAAACAAAGGAUACAAGACAGAGAUGAGGUCACACUCCUCAAGAAGUAUGUUUUGAAAUUAAUGGAAAAUCAACUGAAAAGGCUUGGAUGGAAAAGUGAAGGAGAGUAUUUAACAAGGCGUCUCCGUACACUGCUUAUAUAUGUCGCAUUAGAAUACGGAAAACAGGAUGUAGUGAAAAAAGCCACCGAUCGAUUUAAACAAUGGAUGAAAAAUACAGACCAGAUAGAUCCAGAGCUGCAGGAUGUGAUUUUUGAUGCCGGUGUUAUGUAUGGUUCAGAAGCAGAUUGGACUUUUGUCAAGAACCAAUACUUAACUGUUCUGGUACCGUCAAAGAAAAAACAGUUAAUGAAAGCUCUGGCAAAAUCUAAAGACGACUCCAUACUUGCAAGGUAUCUGAAUUAUGCUCUGGACAGUAAAAUCAUUAAACACCAAGACAUUGCCACCGUGAUCAACUAUGUGGGAGGAAAUACAGAUGGAAGGCUCUUAGCAUGGAGAUUUGUUCAAAGGAACUGGCAAAAGCUACGGAAAUGGUUUGGAGAUGUCCCCUUCACUCUCUCUAGCAUUAUAGAGGGCAGCACAAGUGAAUUUUCUACCCAGUUUGAUCUGGAGGAGGUUCAGAAAUUUUUCCAAGAACAUGAUGCAGGACCAGGGACAAGGUCAGUACAGAUGGCGCUAGAAAAUAUACAGAUGAACACACAAUGGCUGGAGCAGAAUGGGGAAACUGUCAUAACAUGGCUACAGACAAACACAACAUAGGAGUUCUAGCUAG